AUGGGGCUGACUGUGGAGACGGCUCUAGCGAUCGUCUCGGCCGCCGCCGCAGCGUCGCCUAUGGAGUCAGACGUGCCCGCAGUGCCCCCACCCAUAGGCACUGUGGAGCUGAGGGCUAGGGCGUCCGUUCCACUGAUCGUAGCUACGACUUCGGCGACGCUUCCCCCGAGGUCCCGAGAGGGCCGCACCGACUGGGCCGGGAUCGACCCUUCUGACGACUCCAAGGACAUUGCCAAAAUCGAGCGAUACAUCGAGAAAUCGGUGAAGCUUAUGAAGGGAAUUGAAGCACGCUCGAAGGCGAAGUCGGAGGCCCUUCGAUCGCUGGAUCCUCAAUUGGGGAACUUGGACGCCCUACGGCAGGAUCGCGAUGAAAUCUUGGGGCAGGCGAAGGCCAUGGAGAGCCACCUGCAAGCUGAAGGUUAUCUUCUUUUGCUAGAUCAAGAUGCAACCUUGGGGGAGUUGAAGAAGGCGAACGCCGGGCUGCAAGCCGAGUGUGCCAAGCUGCUGGCGGGAAAUGCCAAGCUUGAGGCCGAGCGCUCCCAGUUGCUGGCCUCAAAGGCCAUGCUAGAAACCGAAUGCACUCAGCUCAAGAAGGCCAAGGACACCGCUGUCGCUGAGCUCGUGGAUGCACAGUCCCGGGCAAAGUCUAUGGUGGCGGUCACCGAGGCCAGGACUCAGGACGCUGAGCUGGCUCGGGAUCGGCUUGCCACAGUUGCUCUUAACGUGCUUGGGGCGACGCCGCUGCUGGCGCAAGGCUCCUCGCCGGUCAGCAUAGACGGGGUGGUCCAGCAGCUGGAGAAGAUGCCCGCGGCCCAUGGCACCGAGUUGCGGGAGACGGCGAAGCUAGCAUCUAGCCAUGCUCUUGCCAUUGUAAAGUCGUUGUAUCCCCAGGUGGAGGUUGAUGCCGUCUGCAACGGGUUUACGGUCGACUGCGACGAGACGACGGUGAUGAAGUACAUCAACGAGGCGCAGAAAGCCGCGGAGUCGGUCGCAGACAACCUUGGCCUGUAA